UAAAUCACAUUGGUCAUUAUAUAUCUCCCAAAAAAUAUCAGAUCUCAAUCGUCCACUAUCUCCCUCACUUCUGAACUAUCUCUAUCUCUGUCUCGACGUUCUCCUGGCUCCGCUACUCUCUCCAUCUCGACGCCAUCCUCACUCGGUCUGUGGCUGUGGCUGUGGCUGUGGCUGUGGCACCAAGUACUCUUGCUCGGCUUUGGUGUGCCUGGCAUUGUCUCCGGUGGUGGCGUGUUCUAUUUGUAAGUGCAACCGCCUCGAAAGGAAACGAAAGAAAGUGUCUCCUAAAUCAUGGUACUACAAGGAGAUUUUUUACAUGAUUGAGUUUUUAAGCAAAAAUUAUUUGAGGACGCAGAAUGAAGAGAGAGAGGAGAAGGAGAAGGAGGAGAAGGAGAAGGAGUCAAUAAUCCCUCAACCUAGUGCUGCAGAAAACAUGGAUGUUGAUGAACAUAAUAGUAAUAAUAGUAAUAGUGGUGCGUAUGUUUGUUUCCUGAGAAAGGUGCUCAGAGAAGAAUCAGGAGACAACCAUCACAUUAACAUUCACAUGCUCAUGGCAAUUGCAGUUCAUGCCAUUCUUAUAGAGUCUGGUUUCGUUGGAUAUGAUCCGAUUUCAGGAGAUCGAGUCGAUCAUAAGUUUCAACAAGUAUUUGUUGUUGAUGAUGAUCAUUGUCGGCCCUCGGUGUCGUUUUGCUACACCUUAUCUGAGAUUUUGGAAAAUAACAAAAAUAAUGGUCAUAAACCACAAACAGUAGUAGCAAAGUUGGAUUUUGAAAGUUUUGGGCAAUGUUUGACUGUCUCUGCAGGGUCAAGUAGUUGUGGAUCGGAAGAAGAAGAAGGAUCAGUAGUAUUUCAAGUAUCGUUAUACGAUCAUAAACUAGAAUCGAUACUUCGUUUUCCAUUAUUAGCACAACACCGCAACGGUUUAGAACAAUUCUUUUUAAGUGUGAGAGAUGAACUUGCCUUUCCUCUCAAGAUAAAGCUCCGGGAAGAGGCCGGGUUGCCGAGUCUGCCAUGCUUUAUGGGACUCCACUCAGAUCUGAAGAUGAAGAUUUUGGAGUUUCUUCCGGGUACUGAGGUGGCUAAGUUGGAGUGCACUUGCAAGGAAAUGAGGAUUUUGUCCGCCAAAAAACAAAGCAACAAAUUUUGGGAGACACGGAUUCCAUGUUGUACGUGUGAUCUUCGUCAUCACGGUAAAAGGUUUAUCUAUUGGAAAAAAGUGUAUGAAGAUUAUUACGAGGAAAUUAUUGGUGUCAAUAUGUUCUUAGAGGAGGAACGUCAGGAAAUGAUGAGGAGCAGGGAGAAGAUUAUCAAGGAGCCAAAGAACAAGGGAAAAUCUUUGCUUAAAGGUAAAAGGAUCAAGAUUACAUAGGAAAAUGAUUAGAUUAAUGUGCUAGCAUAGCAGGUAUUUUUUUAAGUCAUGCUAAUUUAACUCUUUAUCUUUUCAAUUCUCUUGACAAAAUGUACGGUUUCUGUUUUAUUCUUUCUAUUUUUGAAAUAAUGGCUGAGAUCACAAGAGGCCAACAAUGCUUUAAAAUGACAUUCUCUCACUCUUUCUCUAAAUUAAUUAAUAUUAAUAUUAAUUAAUAAGGUUUUGGUGAUGUUUUUUUUUUUUUUGAAGAAUAAUGUAUAGAUUCAUGACAUCAAUGGGUUGAUCAGCUAUUUAAUUAAUUAAAGCAUUAAAACUAAAAAAAUGUUAGUUCUAAAUAUACCAUUAGUUUGUUCAAAUCCCAUAUAUUCCAUCCAAUGUGAAAUAUGAGUAUCUGCAUGUUGUUGCUGCCUGCCUGCACAAAAAAUAUAGGUGAGCUUAAUUAAAACAAAAAUAACUAAAACAAUAUAAUAUAAGUGACCUUAAUCAAGCCAAAUUUAGACAAUGAUUCCUUCACUUUCUGGAAUAAUGCACAGAAGUUAUAGAUAUUUCUUGAAUUUUGAGUUAUGGUCAAAGCACUAUCACUAGUUGAUAUAGAGUUUAAACUAGGUGAAUAUUUUAUCCACUGCAGUUGCACCCAUACAAUAGUGUGACCGUACCCGAAGCUGAGGAUUUAAGUCAUGUUUUUUAAUGGUAUUUUUUAUAUUUCAUCACUCAAAGGUUGUGGCACUAUAAAUACAUCUUAAGAAAACGUUUUAGGUUAGGUUUCAAAACCCUAGAGACUCAUGAGAGGCUAAAGAAGAGUGAGAGAAGCAUAUCUAAACUUUCUUCUUAUUUCUAUUCUUCUUCUCCUUUUAUAUUUCUCUUAUGAAAUUCAAUGUCAUUAAUGGUUUCCUCUAUAAAUAUGAACUAAAUGUUUUUCUAGGGUUUUUAAUGUAGUCACUUGAAUUCGUAUUAUUUUCCACAAGGAUUUUAUAAUUUUCUUUUUCAUUUCUAUUCUGACUUAUUUAAUUUGUGUUUAAUACUUGUAAAUGUCUGAUCACCAUGUACAUGAUUUAUAAUUUUUGUUUAAGAUCUGAGAAGUGAGAAUUAAAUAUGUUAUAAUUAAAUAAUUAUAAUUUACAUAUUUGAUGAGAAUACAUAUAUGGAUAGUGUAGCAUUUAGUGUUUUUAAUACAAAAUUGUUGUGAAUUUUCUUAUGAUCUGCAAGUGUACACUAUUAAUAUUCAAUAUUCUAGUAAUUGUCAACUCAGGGAUUGACUUGUGUAAAAUAUUGCAAUAAGCAACACUAAAGAAUUUGGAAGGAAAACAAUUAAAACGAAUUUAAUGAACUAAAUUCAAGAAAGAAGUGAUUUUUUUUUUUUGAAAUAGACAGAAAAAUUAAACCAAGAAAAUAGACAAAUAAUGAAUAAUAUGAUGGUGAGAAGUUAAAAUUACUGAAUUCCCCUAAGAUGCAAUCAUGGGCAAAAUGUUGCGAAAAAUGUCAUAGCAACUGGUUCUGUCAAUUAGGAAAUUCAAUAAUUCAUAAGCUUUUUUCAAAGUCUUUCUGUUUCUGAUGUGAUUUUCUAAUCAAUUAAUUAAUUAACUUACAUAUUCUCAUGCUUAAAAUAAACAAACUCAAAGACAUUUUCUUUUGUGUCAUGCAUGGUCUUUUUUAUUUUUUUGUCAAACCAUUAUAAAAUUUGUGUUACUUAUUUUAUUAUAUUUCAAUUCUUGAAUUUAUAUUUUUAUGUUCUCAAAUUGACGAAAAACGGUGUCAAUAAUUUUUAUUUUAAAAUUAAUUUUAAUGAUUUAGUUAUUAAUUAAUUUAGUAUAAUGAAAGGUAAUUUGGUCAUUUUAUAAAGUAGGUCAACCAAAUUAGAGGGGAAUAUACCAUUUUUAACCAAUUUUCAAAUUCAAAAUAAAAAUUACUGUAUGAGUACUAUUCAUAAUAGAGGUACCAAAGCUCAAGUUUGCAAAAAAUAUAGGGUACCUACCCUAAAAAAAUGUAUGAAAAAAUCUAAAAAAGAAAAGAAAAAAGAGUUUACAUAUUAUUUGGUUUUUUAAUGUUGUUUGUGUUUUUUUAAACUUGCUUAGAUAAAUGGUGGUGGUAAUGAGAUAUUGUUUUGGUUCAGUAUAGAUCGUAUGACCUUGAGGAAUUCUUGAAAUGAAUUGGUUGAAUGUUAUGACUGAUUUUGAUGGGAUUUUUGUUGGGAAAUUCUUGCUGCCAUGUGCAUGAACAAAUCAGGUUGCAAGCUUGUGCUUUAUUGACGAUCACCUACCUACGAUUUUGGAGAUUAUUUGCUUAAUUGAUUCAUCAUUGAAAUCUUUUGGAGUCUUGGAAAAGUUAUUGCUGCAUUGUGAAUAAAUUUUCUGCUGAAACUUUGAGUCAUUGUAAGAAGAUAUUUGUGAUUCACAAUCACACGUAAGAAUUCAGAACACAUAUAAAGCAUUGUAACAUCUUACCAUUUGAUUUUAUAAAUGCCACAGUAGUAGUUUUAA